CAUUCCCCGAAAUUAACAUUGCGUACCUUAUCGCUAUUCAACAUUUUCCAUUUUCAUUUCUUAAUUCUACCGCUUGAGUACUUCCCUUCCCCUCCCCCCCCUUUCAUUUUCUUUGUUUUUACUUCUUCCCUUCCUUUGUUUCUUUCAAAUACUUUUCCAUCCCAUAUUUUCCCUUUAAAAACAAUACUAAUCCAAUAUUCCAUCAUCAUCAAAUUACCUGUUCCCCCUUCUUUCUCCAUCCCCACCCCAUAAUUUAAAACUCUCUUUCUCUGUCUGAAGAAUUCUCUCAAAUUUUUUUUGUCUCAAAGAAAGAAGUAGAAAACCCACACUUUAUAUUUUCUCGUCUCUUGAAUAAGAGGUGGUGAUUAUUGAAAGGAUUUUUCUAAAACGUUUUACAUAGUUUUCAGCCUGAUCCGAAAUGCCCAUGGACCGAACCCUACAAUCGGAGAGCAUGAGAUCGCCGACCGUACUCUCAAUCGAAUGUCUGAAAGGAAGCUCGAAAGCCGAUGAAUGGACCGGCGACAUGCUCCAGAGCGGGGAUAUCGUUGAGGAGAUUCGACUUGGAUCCGGCUCUGGUCUCACCCAUAAGGCACCUUUUAAAGGCGGCAAGAGCGGAGUCCAGAAGAUUCUUCACACCUCGUAUAGGAACAAGGAGACGUCGAUUCUCGUGCGCGUCAGGCGAGGCAGCGAUGAGUUCGCUCAGUUGCAGGCGUGUAUUGUGCCUAACGAUUCUGGCGGGAAAAAGCAAUACAUGUUGAGGUCUAUAGCGGAUCCCAAUUACGCUGUCGGGUUCUCGGAUCGUACUGAGUUCGAGUGCUACGAGUUGCAAGCUUCAAGGAACUCCAGGAUGGUCAGUGAACUAUCAAGGACAAAGCUUCAGGAUGGAUAUGUCUCAUAUCCGUGGGAGAGGAGGAUGCAGGAGGUGCUAUCAGUUCCAAACUCAAGCUGUUUUCUUUCUAUUCUCCUCCUUCCAAAAGCUUCAGAUCGAGUGGCCUCUCGAUACAAUGACUUGGAGGAUACCCUUGCUCGAGCAAAUGCUUGGCUUAGUGCAUCUCAGGCCUCUGGAGUCCCCAUUGUUUUCAUGAAUAUCCAAAGUGAAUCCCUGCUUACUAAGAUUUCUGGAGAGACAGCCUCAGCUACCGUAAAUGCUGGGUCAUUAUCUGAUUUAUCGAACCUAGCCAACGCAAGCCUAUAUGGUUUCGAGGACUACCAUGGGGUUGACAUUGGAGUUGUUCGAGCAGUUCGUCUAUGGUAUGCUCCGCUUGCUGGAGAAAUUGCUAUUGAGAUCAAACUAAAAGAAGAUGACACAAAGCUUGGUUUUGCCAUUAGCCGCACGGAAGAGGGAUUCAUCUAUAUAUCAUCUGUUAUUGAUGGUGAUGAAAAUCCACCUUCGACGAGAUCAGGACUCAGCACUCUCUACAAAGAAUCAGUGAGUGCAUCUAGGCUGCUGGUUGUCUCAAGAUUAUCAAAUCAGAAGGUUCUUCCAUGGAUGAUUUCUUCAACAGGAGCUGUUCGAUGCUUUGAUACUGUUUCCCUAAGUCAGAAGCUCUCACUACACCGGCAUGCCAACGUGCCAAUUCUUAUGCAUGUGUUGUUGUGGGAUCAGUCAUUGGUUUCCCGAAGCUUUGGCAACGCAAGGCUUGGGGCUCCUUCUCCAUCAUUGUUACCAUUGCCAUCUGAAGUUAGAUUAGCCCACCAACCUAAUGACAAUCAAACACUGCCUCUGCCACCUGAAGAGCCAAAUGAUCAGAGCAUAGACACAAGUGAGCAGCCGGAUCGCAGACUACAGCGAGACACUGCUGGGGAGGUCUCCUUUAGAUUUCAUGAUUUUUCUCUUCCAAAGAACUGGGUUUGAUUCUUAUACCUCCUCCGAUGAUGCUCUGCUUCACUGUGUAUAUAUAAAAAAAAAGUUUGUAAGUAGUUAGGCGAGUCAGUUGAUCCAAGCUAGUUACAAUAAUUAGGCAACUUAAUCCAGAAAAUCCAGAAUAAACUUAUACUUCACACAUUAUAAUUAGAAAUGGAUACAUGGUUUUGGGAUGUACUCUUCAUUUAUGGGUCAUGUGUAUAUCAUACGUGAACUUUGUGGCAUUCAUUUUUGUUUUCUGAAAGACAUCUUUUGUAUGUAUGUUUUUCCUUUGGUUGGCAUUUCCUCGUAAGUUUAGAGUGCCUUGCUAGAAGAAAUAUCUCUGCCAAUGACAAACGUGUCUUCUGUCACAAGCAGCGAAAACAAUUGAUCAUCUCUGCCUUACCUGUAGUUUGUCAGGAGCAGUGAGGUUCGGAUUGGAACUUGCCUUAAGAGCUGACCUUUA